AUGAGUAGGAUCAAGCUGAGUUUCUUGGUUGCUACAAUUUUGACAUUAUUAUUGUUAGCUUUUACCGUCGAUGCUCAAUCUAGCGCCGAUGUUGUUUUUGAUUUGGAAGCAUAUGGUAACAUAGUGCCUGGUACUGACAUCACGACGGCUUUAGCAAAUGCAUGGAAGGAUGCAUGCGCGUCCGGUCGUUCUAGUGCAAUCGUUAUUCCGGGAGGGACAUUUGAAGUACGGGAAGGGAAUUUUGCAGGACCUUGUAAAAACCGAAUUGACUUCCAACUUGGAGGAACGCUGCGGGCACCAAAAGCUCUUCCAGGAGAUAAUUGGAUUAUUUUUGCACAUAUUGAUAGAUUGACAGUAUCGGGUGGAGGAGUUUUUGAUGGCCAAGGAAAGGAAGCUUGGGGAAAGAAUGAUUGCCAUAAACGCAUAAAUUGUGCCCAACUCCCCGUUAGUUUGAGGUUCAACUUCAUCACCAAUUCAAUCGUGACGAGAAUUACGUCACUUGAUAGCAAGAACUUCCAUAUCAACGUCCUCGGCUGCAACAACCUCACAUUCCAUAAUAUCAAUAUAAUUGCACCAGGAAACAGUCCCAACACUGAUGGAAUACACAUCGGUCGAUCAAAUAAGAUCACGAUCACAAAGUCCAAAAUUGCAACAGGAGAUGAUUGCAUUUCUCUUGGAGAUGGAAGCAGACAAAUUGAAGUCGCCAACGUGACAUGCGGGCCAGGACAUGGCAUAAGCGUCGGAAGUCUUGGAAGAUACACCAACGAAGAACCGGUUGAAGGUGUCCUCGUAAAGAACUGCACGAUGAUUAACACCACUAAUGGUGUCAGGAUCAAAACGUGGCCAGGUUCUGCUGCUGGAGGCACCGCCACCGAUAUGCACUUUUUGGACAUUAUAAUGGUCAAUGUUGGCAACCCUAUUCUAAUAGAUCAAGAGUAUUGUCCGUGGAAUCAGUGCAAUCGGCAGGUUCCUUCGAAAAUUAAGAUUAGUAAAGUGAGCUUCGAGAACAUUAGAGGAAGUUCUGCAACUCCCGUGGCAAUCAAACUUAUUUGCAGCCGUAGCUUCCCAUGCGAAGAAGUGAAAUUCCGUGACAUUGACCUCACUCCCAACGGGAUAACAGGUCCUAUUACAUCCCAAUGUACGAAUGUGAGACCCAUCGUCUCAGGAAAACAGAACCCUAAAAUUUGUGCCUCUCCUUAUCAACCUCCCCUAAACUCUUUUACCGUCGAUGCUCAAUCUAGCGCCGAUGUUGUUUUUGAUUUGGAAGCAUAUGGUAACAUAGUGCCUGGUACUGACAUCACGACGGCUUUAGCAAAUGCAUGGAAGGAUGCAUGCGCGUCCGGUCGUUCUAGUGCAAUUGUUAUUCCAGGAGGGACAUUUGAAGUCAGGGAAGGGAAAUUUGCAGGACCUUGUAAAAACCGAAUUGACUUCCAACUUGGAGGAACACUGCGGGCACCAAAAACUCUUCCAGGAGAUAAUUGGAUUACUUUUGCACAGGGGAAAGAAUGA